UUAGUGACUUCGACAUGAGAGGCCUAAGCAAGCUUGGGACUGGCUUGACCGUAGUCUUCGUGGUCGGUCUCCUUCUUCUACUCGCCGAGGUCUUUUACGUCGUCUGGUACCGGCGUAGAUUCCGACGACGGAGCGCCACCGUGGAAUCUGAGGCUUCCGGUGAACCUUACACCACCACCGACACUAACCACUACAACACUUUUUCUUCGAAGGAGCUAAUGUACUUAUUCUGUUGGAAUAACCAAUCUAGGAUUGAACCAGCCUCACCUCCGACAGCUCCCUCCAUGGACCAAGAAGACAUUUCGUCGGAAUCCGAUAACCCUUUGAAAUGGCAUGUGUUGUACGGUCAAUCACGGCUUUUGUUUACGAUCAAGGAAGAAGAGAAGGAGGAUUUGGAGUCCGAGAAAUCUUCUUCGGCAGAGCGGAAGCCGAACCCGGAAAACAGAAGGGUUUCUCUAAGCGAAUGUUUUGAGAGAGCCCAAGAAGAACUACCGGUGGAGACAGAAAGUACUCCAUUUUCGACGCCUUGUGCUUCGCCUCCUUAUUACACGCCAUCGCCUUCUCCUACUCGUGAUGCCGGCGAAGAGUGUUUUGUCAGCUUACAUGUUACCGGCUGUUAAAAAGUGUAACCGGUCGGUGGAUUGAGGUAUAGGAUCA